UCCAGUGGCUACGAAUUAUAAUGUUAUUCAGAAAAGGGACAAAAUACUCAACGAUCCCCACCCAAACCCUUCCACCUUUCUCCCCUUGGAGAAUCUUCCGUAGUAUCCCGCUUCCGUUUCGAAGUGCCAUGGCGAUGGCGGCGCAGCUCCACGGAUCGGCCGCAGCGGCGUCCGCGUACCGACUACUUCUACUUCUCAGAGUUCCUUCGUCCUGCCGGUGGCCGCAGAAUCCUCUCGCCGAUUCUCCAAAGCUUUCUACCUCCACUGGUGGAGUGGGUAUAAAGCCAUUUGGUGUUGGUGCUAAAGUUUCAACAAAAUGUGCAAAUAGGACCACUCAGGUUGAUGAGUUAAACUUCAGAUCAAAUCAGACUGAGGAGUUAGUAGCAGCCGAUGAAGAUACUGUUACCGAGAAGAGGAGUGCAAAAAUCCAUGAUUUCUGCUUUGGUAUCCCUUUCGGUGGUCUUCUAUUCUGUAUGGGGUUUCUUGGAUACAUUUUUUCCAGAAGCACCAUAAGUCUUGUUCUAGGUGUCGCGCCAGGGCUUGCCACACUCUUUCUUGGAACCCUCAGUCUGAAGUUCUGGAGGAGUGGAAAAUCUAGUUUAAUACUUAUCUUGGGCCAAGCAGCAAUUUCUUCUCUCCUAGCAUGGAAGUAUUCUCAUGCCUACAUCUUGACAAAUAGAAUCCUCCCCUGGGCCUUAUAUGCCUCUUUAAGCACUGCCAUGACUUGUUUCUACGCUUAUGUGCUGCUCUCCGGAGGAAAUCCACCACCUAAGAAGAAGAUGGUGGCAACUCCAUCAUCAUAGAGCAGGAGCAGGAUUCAGUCAUUCAGUUUAGGUAUUAACGCGAUAGGGUGAUCUUCCUUUUUGUGCUUUUCAUGCUUCGGCUGCGAGUAUAAUAGAAUUUUGAGCUGUCAUCCCGUUGUAUAUUCUCCAAUCUUUCAUUCUCUCUGGAUUUUGGUUGUCAUAUCGUGAAGCUUUUGAACAAAUAAUUCUGCAGGAUAAUAGUCCAUCCUUACUGAACAUUCUGUUUUAUUUUCCUAAUGUGCAUAAAUAAAGAAUAUUUGUUGAGAUAUUUAGUUUAU